AUGGAGCCAUCAGCAUUGGCCACCUUGCUAUCCAUGGCGCUCGCCGCCUUCCUGCUACUCGGGCUGAUCAAACGCAAGGGCAGCCGCCGUGGCUACAACCUGCCGCCGGGUCCGACGCCGUGGCCCGUCAUCGGCAACUUCAACCUCAUCGGCGCGCUGCCGCACCGCUCCAUCCAUGAGCUCUCCAGGAAGUACGGCGAGCUCAUGCUCCUCCGCUUCGGCUCCUUCCCCGUCGUCGUCGGCUCGUCGGUCGCCAUGGCCAGGCUCGUCCUCAAGACCCACGACGCGGUGUUCAUCGACCGCCCCAGGACGGCGUCCAGGAAGCACACCACCUACGGCUACGCCGACAUCACGUGGUCGCCGUACGGCGCGUACUGGCGCCAGGCGCGGCGGAUCUGCGUCACCGAGCUGUUCAGCGCCCGCCGCGUCGCGUCGUUCGAGCACAUCCGCGCCGACGAGGUGCGCGCGCUGGUGCGCGGCCUCUUCGCCGCGGCGUCGUCGGGACGCAGCGGCGCCGUGCACCUCAACAGGGAUCACCUGUCCACGCUGAGCAUGAACGUGAUCACGCGGAUGGUGCUCGGGAAGCGGUUCUUCGGCGAGGGCGCGGACGCGGCGGAGGGGCCCGUGUCGACGCUGUCGGAGUUCAAGUGGAUGCUGGACGAGCUCCUCCUGCUCAACGGCGUCCUCAACGUCGGCGACUGGAUCCCGUGGGUGGACUGGAUGGACCUGCAGGGGUACGUGCGGCGGAUGAAGAAGGUGGGCAAGAUGUUCGACGCGUUCAUGGAGCACGUCCUCGACGAGCACAGCGAGCGGCGGCGGCGCGAGGGCGAGGCGUUCGUGGCGAGGGACAUGGUGGACGUGCUCAUGGACCUCGCCGACGACCCCUCCCUCGAGAUCAAGCUCGGCCGCGUCGGCGUCAAGGCGUUCACGCAGGACCUCAUCGCCGGGGGCACGGAGAGCUCGUCGGUGACUGUGGAGUGGGCGCUCUCGGAGCUCUUCAAAAACCCCGCCAUCUUCGCCACGGCCACCGACGAGCUCGACCGCGUCGUCGGCCGCUGCCGCUGGGUCACGGAGAAGGACAUCCCGAACCUCCCCUACCUAGACGCCAUCAUGAAAGAGACCAUGCGGAUGCACCCCAUCGUGCCGCUCCUCAUCCCGCGCGUCGCCCGCGACGACGCCGCCGUCGCGGGCUACGACAUCCCCAAGGGCGCGCGCGUGCUCAUCAACGUGUGGACCAUCGGCCGGGACCCGGAGCUGUGGGACGCGGCGGAGGAGUUUAUGCCGGAGAGGUUCAUCGGGAGCAGGAUCGACGUGAAGGGGCAGGACUUCGAGCUGCUGCCGUUCGGGUCCGGGCGGCGCAUGUGCCCCGGCUACAACCUCGGGCUCAAGGUGAUGCAGCUGAGCUUGGCCAACCUGCUGCACGGGUUCGCGUGGAGGUUGCCGGAGGGGAUGAAGGAGGAGGAGCUGAGCAUGGACGAGGUGUUUGGGCUGUCGACCACGCGCAAGUACCCGCUCCAGGUGGUCGUCGAGCCUAGGCUUCCCGUUCAACUCUACUCCUUAUGAAUCUGUGGGUCAGUGUGUGUUGAU